AUGGCGGAAGGCAGUUCCUCGUUCACAGUUCCAGCUCGACUGAUCAAGGCGCCUAUGCACUUGAGUGCCAGCGCGCAAGCACGCCUCUCGCCGCAACCGCAGUUUGAAUAUCCCCCGGUGGAAGACAAAGCAGCAUGGCGGGAUCUUAUCGAGCAAGUGGACCGUAACAUGGCACUCGGUUUCGAGAGCAUGGCAGGGCAUUUUGAAGGCGGCGAGGCGUGCAAAACAAUCGCAGGAUUGACAGCGGCCAUGUUGCAGAAACGAGUCUGGUCAAUCGACUACCGAAUGCCACCGGAGAGUCCGUACCCAGCCGGACUUGAUGAUGGCUUGGCUGUCUACCGCGCGCUACUCCAGGAGCAUUCCCCAGAUGAGAUCAUCGUCAAUGGUCUGUCUGCAGGUGGUAACCUAGCUGCUGCAUUGCUACUGCGUGCCCGAGAAGCAGGCCUGCCAAUGCCGGCGGGACUCGUCCUCGGCACACCUGAGGUAGAUCUGACGGAAUCCGGUGAUAGUUUCCAAACAAACAUCGGCGUCGAUGCCGUACUGCGGAGCUUGAUGCCCGUCAAUAUCAUGUAUGCCAACGGGACUGAUCUUCGAGACCCCCAUCUCUCUCCACUGUUUGGCGAUCUCAAAGGCUUUCCGCCGACAAUCUUAUACACGGGCACGCGAGAUCUGUAUUUGUCAAACACGGUUCGCAUGCACAGGGCUUUGAGAACUGCCGGUGUCACGGCCGAGUUGCAUGUCAUGGAGGCGGCCGGACAUUCAGGGUUUCCUGGAGCCCCAGAAGGCGACGCCAUAUAUCAGGAGGUACGGAACUUCGUAGCAAGCGUCUUGAAAGGUUGA